GAGUUUUCGGCCAUAUAAAAGCCAUGGGAGACCAUCGCAUCCGCAGCACACAUCUUUCGUUGAGCGCAGUCUAAACACUUGAAAUCAUGAAAUUCCUUAUCAUUGCCGUUGCCUUUUUGGCCUGCGCCUUCGCUGAUGUCUCGGAGCUUCCUGGCUACGAUUACCAGCAGCCCGCUCCUGCUGCUCCCGUGGAAACCUACAUUCCUCCCGCACCCCCGGCACCGGCACCCGCUCCCGUGGAGACCUACAUCCCCCCAGCACCUCCGGCACCCGAGUACAUCCCACCUGCACCCAUUCAGGCCGAGGAGCCCAUCCUCGAGGAGAUCGAGCAGCCCGCCCAGGACGGAUACCGCUACAAGACCGUCCGUCGUCGCGUCUUCCGUCACCGCAACUAAGUUGGAAGCCAAUUGUUAUUGUUAAUUUGUUGACUCGAGUGUAAUUGCUGAACUGCCAUCCUCUGAAAUUCACUUGGAGAGUAAAGAUUGUUGAGAAAUUAUAACUGAACCCCCAUGUUUGUUGUCUUGUAUUUACUUUGGUGUAAACCAAAGUUUAGUUAACAGGAAAAUAUACCCACCAAUUGACAUA